UCUGAGAGUAGUUCCGCCCCGGUGUAUGAGGGUGAAUGAUUGAUUGUGUGAUCAUACAACUUUUUCUUCUAUCUGAUAAAGAUAUUGCUAAUUGCAAGUUAUAGCUUUCCUUAGUCCUUUUCUUGAGUAUCUUCUUCAUAUAGCUUUCAGAUAGUGGGGUAAAACACUAGAAUAGUCAACCCGAGGGGGCUAAACUAUUUACGGAAAUAAAAGCGAGGGACUAUAUUGUUUAAUUUUCAAACAGAAAGGAUUAAAGUGUGUAUUAUAACAAAUAUGAGGGUCUCAUAGUAAUUUUCUCUUUAAAAUAGAAAGAGAGUGAAACCAGCUUAAACCCCUCUCUUCUGCUCUCUUCUUAAACCCUAAAUUUAGCUAACAUGUCAAAAAAAUUAAUCUAACAAUCAAAAAAACCCUUGAAAUGUUAACUACUAUUUCAAAAAUGAAGUGUGUAUUAUUAUCCCUACCAUUUUCACCCAUUUCUUUAGCUUCAAAAUCUAAAAUUUUCUCAAAUGCAAAAACUUUUAAAAAUUCCAUUUCUUUACCAAUUGCUACUUCUACUCCUAUGCUCUCUAUUCUCCCAAUUCAAAACCGAUGCCUUUACUCGGAGUCCGAUCCUUCUCAUUCCUCCGGAGAAAUUCAUGUCAUUGUUGGCCCUAUGUUCGCCGGAAAAACCACCACACUUCUCCGGCGAAUGCAGUCAGAAAGCACUGAUGGCAGUUUUCAGGUUGAGAAUUUGCUUCGAUUUGAAAAAACACUAAAGGGUCUUUGUUGUUCCGGGAGAAUGACGGAAGCUGUGGCGCUAUUAUGGCGUACGGGUUUUAAAGUUGAGCAUCGCAUUUACGCGCUUAUGUUGCAAGAAUGUAUAUUUAGGAAACAGUACAUGAUGGGGAUGAGAAUUCAUGCACAAAUGGUUGUUGUUGGGUAUGUUGGUAAUGAAUAUUUGAAAAAUAAGUUGUUGAUAUUGUAUGCAAAAUCGGGAGAUUUAAGGACUGCACGUGUGUUUUUCGACAGUUUGUUGGAUAAAAGCUUGAUUUCUUGGAAUGCUAUUAUUGCUGGAUAUGUACAAAAGGGACUUGAUGAAAUAGGCCUUAGUCUUUAUUAUAGGAUGAGACAAAAUGGUUUGAUACCGGACCAGUAUACCUUUGCAUCUGCUUUUAGAGCUUGUGCUGCUUUGGCAACGCUAGAGCAUGGUAAGAAAGCCCACUGUGUGAUGCUAAAGUGUUAUUUAAGAGAGAAUGUUGUAGUCAAUAGCGCCCUUAUAGAUAUGUACUUUAAAUGCAGCAAUCUUGUUGAUGGACAUAAGGUCUUUAGCAAGUCAUCAAACAGGAAUGUGGUUACGUGGACUUCGUUAAUAUCUGGUUAUGGCCAGCAUGGAAGAGUUACAGAGGUUUUAGACUCGUUUCGUAGGAUGAAAGAUGAUGGUUUUAGGCCAAAUUAUGUUACUUUUCUUGCUGUCCUUUCUGCUUGUAGUCACGGAGGUUUGAUUGAUAAGGGUUGGGAUUACUUCUUGUCUAUGGAGCGGGACUAUGGAAUCCGUCCUAGAGGGCAACAUUAUGCAGCCAUGGUUGACCUUCUAGGUCGUUCUGGGAGGUUACGAGAGGCUUAUAAGUUUGUUCUUGAUGCACCGUGUAAAGAACAUUCAGUUAUAUGGGGUGCAUUGCUCGGAGCUUGUAGGAUUCAUCGAGACAUGCACCUGUUAAAACUCGUAGCUAAGAAAUUCUUUGAAUUGAAUCCGGAAAAUGCUGGAAAAUAUGUAGUCUUAUCAAAUGCCUAUGCUACUUUUGGGUGUUGGGAUGCUGUUGCAAAGGUUAGGGUUAUGAUGAGUGAUUCGGGAAUAUCGAAGGAGCCUGCCUAUAGCAUGAUUGAAGUUCAAGGGGAGGUGUACUGCUUCUUAAUGGGUGAUAAGUCGCAUCAAAAGUUUGAAGAGAUAUGUAGGACAAUUAUUAGAUUGAACUGCAUUUUAAUGGAUGCUGCCUAUAUCCCUGACAUAAGUAACCAAUAAUUGAUGAAUAAACUUGAAAUUUUCUUACAUUUCAAAUCCAAUAUCCACGCUUGGUUAUUAGUUGAGCUUCCUUUGACUUCUGGAAUUAGAUUGAUAAUUUGAAGUAAGUAGAAAUGUAGCAAUCAUAAAAUCAAACAAGGAUACAAGAUAUGGUUUGGAUUCAAUAGUGACACAUGAUGGAGUGAAGCUGCCUUGUG